UUGUUCGUAUUGAUAUAUUUUGUACGAAUUUGAAGCAUGAAUAUGAGGAUUGAUAUUGGAAAAAUACGUUAUUAAGUUGUGGCGGAAAUUAAAUUUUCAAAAUCAAUAGCUUCGUGAAUAUUCAACAUUCGAUGCUGACCACAUUCGCCCUCAUGAAUGCACCCAGCUGAAGUUGCUCGGUUACGCGUCCACACCAGAUCACGAGUGGGAUCGUCGUGCUCAACUUCUCCUACAACAGCUAGCCCGUUGAGAUCAGUCACCUCUCGAUAUACUGAUAGCCUGUCAAACAUAUCUUCAAACAUCUUCGCUUCCUGCUUCUGAUUUCACUGGGUUGUGCACGUUUCGGUUAGUGUGUGUUACUGGUUAAGGUGUUGUCAAACAGCAAAUACUUGUGGCAUCUUCGGCGGUGAGCCCGACCUAAUCUGAUACAACUGAUUGUACACUGCGAGUCUUGUUUUUUUUCGGAACCUUAUAUAUCAUUUCUUUACUUUAAUUUUUAUAUGAUGUAGUGAAAACACUACCGCGCAAAUUCAUUAGGUACGUCACAUGUAGUAUGUUUACUAGUGUUGUUUGGGUCUAUUCUGAAAUGCAGAGAUCUAACCGACCGACAAAGGUUGGAUCAACUCCUCAAUAGCAUCGAUCUUCAACAUGGCUCAGCAACGGACAUGUUGUUACUAAUGGGAGAGGUAAUUAAUUUGACAAAUUGGUCAAAGGAUUUUCGACAAUGACCUUCUCAGACAACUUUUGUUGUCUAAGCUUCUUCAACAAGUGCAGGAUGUGCUGCUUGCAUCAGCUUACCGUUUUACCGACGGUAAUAUAUCACAAUCGCAGAACAUACGUAUAAUAAGAACAAACUACCUUUCGUUGUCUUACAAACAGGAACUUCAUCAAGUGAACAACAUUUUCUUUGGAAGUCAGAAGUCGUGUGUCGUCUAUAACAUUUAUUGGUUACAUUUGUGGAUGCCGAAAAGGAUGAAUCUGUUCGCUUCAUUUGCAUGCUGGACAGACCAUUUUGUAAAGACGUAAGCUUCUUAGUUACACCUAAGUGUAAUAAGUGCUAUGACGGGAACAUUUCCGACAUAUCUGUAGGCAGGUUUUCGAAAGUGCUCCUACCACGAUGAAUGAUACCUUGGGACUGAGUACGAAAUGUGACAUCACUUCUUAAACCAUGUAUUCCAUUGGGGAAUGUCAUUCGCGCAUCGGAGUUAUUGUCUGUAACCUCAAACUUGUAAUAGUGUUAGGCGUUUCGUUGGACAUAAUACGACAACAGGUUAUGAUAAAUGUGAAGUUCCAUACACGUCAUGUAACCUUUCGUGUCGCAUGUUCGUUUGAUAUGCUCCUAUAAACUCGUAUUGAGUGCAUCUCCUGAACAAAGCGUGAUACACAGGUUUCAUGAGUAUCACUAAAUUAGGCGCUUCUUUCUCAACUCAUGUCGUCGAAACAGUAUUGAUACUACCGGUAUGUUUAUUGGAACAUAUAAAUUAAAGCAACAUCUACCUCCUAAUUGUAAGCAAUAUGAAAAAUUAAAUUGUCCCUGGAAAAUGUAUGUAUCUUUGUUUUGGUUCAAUGUGUAACAUUACUCAUUAGUGCGUCUGUCAUUUUCCUGUGACGAUGCGUAAACAGAAGGUGCGUUGUUACGAGUGCUAGCUUUAUAAUGGACUGCUUCGAUGUUGCGAAUAAUAUGUAAUCUUAGGUUCUUAUAUUUACUUUUAACAAUUGCUUGCUUAGUUCUUCAUUGUAAAGCAAUUUCAAAAGUCACACUUGUUACUGGUUUUUGUUAAGUUGUGCGACAGAGUACAAUUUUAUAUAGGAAACAAAAUGCGACUAAUUAAAUUUCCAGGUCAUUACUGUUAUUUGAGGAUUCGAAUUUACUUGCUAUACAGAACCUAUUUUUCAUUAUAAUUAGCAGAAUCAACGUGCUCUAAUAUCAUUCAUCUUUCAGGCCUUGACUUUAUGAAAAUUUCUACAGAAAGCUUAGUUUUAACAUCUGGAGCAUACCGUCAUUAUGGUGGAGAAUGGAAAUCAACUUUCGAGUUCACCCCAAGUGAUUGCUUGGUUUUUGCAGAUUGGCACUGUUCACUAUUCUCACGUGGUAACUUGGAUUCCAACUGUCAGUCACGAUGUAGAUUUUCCGACGUCUUAUUGUUUGGUCGGGUUGUUACAGGAAAAACACCUAUACCUUUCAGGUCUGUCCAUAGGAUCGAAUGAUUCAUGGCUCUUUAUCGCAACACCUGAAUCCAUCACUGGAAUUGAAAAAAAUCACGGGAAUAGCGUCUCUGCUGAUAUAUCUGUUGUUCAAGUAGCUUCAGAUGGUCAGAAUGUAUAUUGUUUGAAGGACGAAACUGUUACCUUACUAAAAGUUUGUAAUUUUGGAAAUAUCAUUGCAGUUGAUCGCCCACUUAGUUUAACAAUAAAAAUAAAAUCGAUAUCAUGUGGUCUAGGGUUUUUGUUAUGUUUAACAUUUUCAGGACAGGUGUUUAGUCAGGGUAUAGGAAGGUAGUCGAGGUCAGUUGGGUUUAGGUGAUUUAACUGACAAAACUGAACUGACUAUAAUUGAAGCUUUACAAAUAUUGACUGUUACUCAAAUUGCAGCAGGAAAUUGGCAUUCAGUAUGUUUGACUGAUACAGGAGACGUUUAUACUUGGGGUUGGAAUGAACAUGGUCAACUAGGGCACAGGUCCCUUGGAAUCAGUAAUAAAUCAAACUCUAUCACCGAGAAAGAACGGGAAAGUUGUGUAUCUGUCUUGGCCCUUCCUACUCCAGUAGAUUUCCCUGAUAACCUAUCUAUUUCACAAGUAACUUAUUUUCUUAACGAAUGUUUUGUCGGCCGGUAUAAAAUUAGAUGUUAUUUCCGUGUUUGAUCCUUUUCCCAUUUUAGAGUCCACUUUAUUUUUUUGCGUCUAUUCUCAAUUAUUAUAACAAGAUUACUUCCCAGUCUAUUUUAAGGUGAAUUAUAACACAACUAAGCCUAUUUAUUCUGUCAACUACCUUCUAAAACCAUUUUUAAAAAGUGAUUAGCUUGUAUAUUCUCUGUUCAAAAGGGAACUGAGAUUAAGUUAACUUUGAGGAACAUCAUUUUAAGUCAAAUUUAUUUUUACUUCAUAUUAUUUACGUUGUUUAAGUGAUGGGUUUCACAAAAACAAACACACCACUCAAAAUAUGUUUCUUUCAUUUAAUUCACUAUUUAUUUAUAUAUGCCAUUCACAACCCAAAUUUUCUGCUGCCACAUUGCUCUAAAUUGCUCAUCAUAAUGGUGCUAUCGAGCUGUACCGGGUAAAAUACUCAUCCCUGUAGGUUCUAUCAUGUCAGGAUGACCGGUUGCGGGAAGUGGAUAUGACUGAAAAAAUUGGACGUAAGGUGCACUGGUGAAGUUAUGCUGCCGACUGCACUCAAGUGUGACAGAAGCGAGGUGUCUAGUUCAUAAACCUAAGCUCUCUGGUGAUGCUCCUUUCCCACUACAGGAUGAAAGUGUUAGAAAAGGCCGAUCAUAUAGGUCGCAUACCUCAACUUGCCCCAAGUUCAUGUAAUAAAUGACGUACCAGAUUUAUUAGACAUAAUAAUUUUGGUCUUUAACCAUCGCAAGCGAACUUAUUAAUUUUGAUUAUCAGUUACAGUACAUUACCCUGAACACGUGCCAUUUAAUAUAGUCUAAAUAGUAUGUAAUGAGAUAUUUUGUAGUUCCACAGCCUUAUUCAUAUACUUUCUCUGAAGUCCGUUAUCAUGUUUAGAAUCCCCAAGGUCACGUAUAGUUAUGUAAUAUCUGUGUUUCAUCCAACCAAAUUUCAUUAAUGCAUAGCAUCUCCAUCUGUUUACUUCACUGCGGUCGUUGAGGGUAUUUCUUCCAGAGUUUACGUACAUGUUAUCAACUGCCAAAAGGUCGUUUAUAUUUGAUACAUCCAGUUGUAAAUUAGAACAUAUAUGAUCGAACAAUAUUGUUUUCAAUCAGAUCUUCAUUAGGCUCUAAUCUAAUAUACAAUAUUAUUUAUAUGCAUUUAGGAAAUUAUUAAACCAGCCAAAGCAGUUUAUCAGUCAGUGAUAACAGUGUAAUAGAUUACCUAAAUAAACAUGAUAAUUAAAAAGUACAGACUUAUAGCGUGAUGACAGAUGUUUUAGUUGUGAUAAGGAUAACAAAAGCCUGAACCCAUGUUUCAUAAUGGGAAAUAGGUCAGAUGUUUUGCGUACAAUGUAUGGUAUUUUAUAACUAGAUUCGAGUCUGUUUUCGAUGGUUACUACGUCUUUAUUCUUAAUACUUUGUGCUAGAUUGCCUGCGGUGGUUGUCACACAGCCUGUCUGACAGAAGAUGGCAUCCUGUUUUGUUUUGGAUGCAAUAAAUUUGGUCAGUUGGGAUUUGACUCAUCUAUGGAAGCUGUUGACUCACCAGUGAAACACCCACUCUUAACAAAUCAACAAUUGGAUUCCAAUAUGGUUAUAUCAUCUGUUUACUGUGGUUUAUGGUCCACAACUCUCUAUUUAAACUCAAAAACCUGAUGUUUGCACGAAACGAAAAAUCGUCAGUCAAAAAUAUAUAUUCACAUUCGAUCUUUUACGAAACUAUCAAGAUUUGGACGAACAGUUUCACACGCAUUGGACGUCCAUUUAUAUCAGGACAUUUAGCAUAACCUUAUGUGUAUAGAGAUCUUAGCCACUGAACAUCAAUGGUUCCAAUGUAUCACCUGAAAGACUGAUCCGAGUUCCACCAAGUAUGCUGUACUAGUGCAGAGUUUUUAGAUCGAAGUUAUCUUCACCAACUAUUUUCCUGAAGAUGAUGAGGCCAGUCAGGCAAAUGAAACAUUUGAACCAUUCACUUAAAAUCCUUGAGAUUUUUACGGAUAUGGUGAGCAAUCACGUUUUCAGGAGUAAUAAUAUUAGUUUUAUCUGUUGGUCAUUGACAGUUAAUUCUAUGAUAUUGUAUAUCUAUAAUGAUUGUGUAAAUUAUCGAUUGGUUGAUAUUAAUGACCACUUAGUUGAUGUUGUAUAAAUCUGAUUGUACAUAAAUCACAUAAAUUGUGGUGCAUUCAAGUAUCAGUUUUAUUUUGCAUAUCAAAUAAACCCUCAUCUACUGUCAUCGUGUUCUUACUUGCGCCAUCCAAUACGCGAUUUUCAGUACUAAGUACCAAGUUAGUUAAGUAUUCCACGGACACAGCAUUUGCUAAUUUAAAUUAAUCUAGAUUUCUUUUAUAGCUCUAUUAUUUACGACAUGGUCAAUAGUCUAGUAUACCAUCACAAACAAGUGAAGGCUUAACUUCGUAUAAGUUCUAUUAGAUACUUAUACUCUUUAUAACAAUCAAUGGCUUGACUAGUUGUUAACAUUAACUAGUUGAUUCUGUCAUGGCAUUUAGAUCUAGACUGUAAACAGUAACCAGAAAAUCCUAACACUUAAUCGCAAUAUUUUUCUUAAAGCUAAUUAUUUUCUAAAUGCUACCGUCAAGUGUCAUGUAUUGGAGGGAUUUGGUAGAGAUGUUCUAAUUAACAUUUGUAAUUCGCGAAAGUAUUCUGAAGGUGUUUCUAACUAAUAUGUACAUAAAGACAGAUAAAUAAAUCACAUCAGUACAAAGAGAUAACAAACUUAGUUGAGAAUAUUGAAAUUGUCACCAAGUUAGAAGGUAUGACGAACCGAAGAAUAACAACUAUACAUGUUAUUGAGGAGAUGCAAACGAAUGUAGAAUACAUGAGAAGUGGACGAAUAAAAGUCUUUCAAAACUUGCAUAAUGUCAAUGUGCUCACGGUUGACGAGUGUUACUCACUAAAAGCAUAACAUGGAAACAAGUACCACCAAACUGACUAUUACUUCCAAAUAACAUUCUCGCAUAAUUAUUCGUAAUCUGUAUAUACGGUUUCAAAUCUCC